UCUAUCAAAUGACAAUGUGUUUCUCCUCUACACUUUCACUACUCACUACUCUAGCGUUUGCUUCUCUUCUUUUUACUACAUGUUCUUCCUUAGAUAGUCUCAAUGAUAAAGAAGCUUUGCUCUCAUUUAGGUCUAUGAUAACUAGUGAUCCCACCAACACCCUCUCUUCAUGGAACAACACCUCCCCUAUUUGCCGAUGGGCCGGGGUUCGAUGUGACCGCCGCGAUCGAGUGUCCACUUUGGAUCUGCAUGGCCUCGAGCUAACCGGUUCGAUCAGCCCACACAUCGCCAAUCUAUCCUCUCUCAGGUUUCUCUAUCUGCAGGACAACCACUUCACCGGUCCGAUCCCGGGCCAAAUCGGCUCUCUAACUCGGUUGCGGGUGUUGAACUCGAGCUCGAACCACCUCCAAGGUACGAUCCCUCCGAACUUAUCCGCCUGCGUGAAUCUUAAAGCUGUCGAUCUAUCGGUGAAUACGAUAUCCGGUACGAUACCGACAACACUAUGGAUGCUCUCGAAGCUCCAAGUGCUGAAUCUAGCUCAAAACCAGCUCACCGGACCGAUCCCGACAUCCAUCGGAAACUUGUCAUCUCUCAACACACUGAAUCUCGGUACCAAUACUCUUAGCGGCCCGAUUCCCCGCGAGUUAGGCCAUCUAAAAACAUUACAACAACUACAACUAUCGAUAAACAAUCUCACCGGUACCGUUCCACCGUCCUUAUACAAUCUCUCGUCACUCGUCUCGUUCGCUUUGGCAUCAAAUGACUUGUACGGCGAAGUCCCGAGCGACAUCGGCUUUCGGCUCCCCAAACUAUUAGCCUUCCACAACUGCUUUAAUCAGUUCACCGGUACAAUCCCACCUUCGCUUCACAAUCUAACAAAGAUCAAAAGCAUAAGAAUGUCACACAACUAUCUCGUCGGGUCGGUCCCGCCCGGACUAGACAAGCUUCAUGAUCUAACCAUGUACAACAUCGGAUUCAAUCGAAUAGUCGAUACACUAGAUUUCGUCGCCUCCUUAACCAAUAGCACGGUGCUUCGAUACCUCGCUAUUGACGAAAAUCUUUUGAGUGGUACAAUCCCCGAGUCCAUCGGAGACCUCUCGGCUGGCCUCUCAAAAUUGUACAUGGGAGGAAACCGAAUAAGCGGAAAAAUUCCAGCUUCAAUAGGCCGGCUUACUAGUCUGACCUUGCUAAACAUGAGCCACAACUUGAUUUCGGGCGAAAUUCCGCCAGAAAUAGGGCAGCUCAAGCAGCUGAGGAUGUUGGGCUUGGCCGGAAACCGACUUUCCGGGGAAAUUCCUGCUUCUCUCGGAAACCUGAGCUUGAUAACUCAACUCGAAAUGUACGAAAAUGAACUUGUGGGCCGGAUUCCGGAUUCGUUUAGCGAGUUCCAACUGCUGCUAUCUUUGGAUCUAUCAAGCAACCACCUCGAAGAGGCAAUACCCAACGGCGUCUUUACUCUCACAAGCCUCACCUCUCUUCUUAACCUCUCGCAUAACUCGUUGACCGGGCAUUUGCCGCAAGAUAUUGGGAUGUUGGGGAAUCUCAUUGUGCUCGAUCUCUCGAACAAUUUGCUGUCCGGAAACAUUACGGAUUCCGUGGGGCAAUGCAAGAGCCUGCAAGUUCUGUCCAUGUCGAAUAACUCGCUAUUGGGGUUAAUCCCUAACUCACUAGGAAACCUGAAAGGGUUGCAGAGUUUAGAUCUCUCCUCCAAUAGGCUUGUUGGUUCGAUUCCGCAAAGUCUCGAGAAGCUUCAAGCGCUUCAGCUUUUGAACCUCUCCUUCAACGAUCUUGACGGAAAUGUACCAAAAGAAGGCGUUUUUCGAAACCGCUCCGCUGUUUAUCUUGAAGACAAUCCUAAUCUUUGCUUCGGCCUCUCUUCAUGUGAUGGCUUCUCUCCCUCUCAUCGAAGAAAGAUGGCGGUGCACACCGUCGUCAUCAUAACAUUAGCCUUAUUCUUGUCGUGUCUUUUAAUAGCCGGUGUUGGUUUGAUCCUAUUCCUGAAAAGGAGAGUGAGAGAGAAAAAGGUCGCUGAUGUGGCGAGCGCGAUGAAAGGGCAGCAUAGAAUGGUUUCAUACGCAGAGCUCUACAAAGCAACCGAAGGCUUUGAUCCUAACAAUUGCGUUGGCGCCGGUAGCUUCGGUUCGGUGUACAAAGGAAUAUUGAGAGAUGGCAUGGAAGUAGCCAUCAAAGUUCUGAAUCUCGCGACCAGCGGGGCUUCAAAGAGCUUCGUAGCCGAAUGCGAGGCUCUGAGAAAUGUCAGGCACCGCAAUCUAGUGAAGCUGGUCACACUGUGCUCGAGCUUGGACUUCGCCAACAAUGAUUUCCGAGCAUUGGUGUAUGAGUUCAUGAGCAACGGGAGUUUGGAGGACUGGAUCAGAGGGAGGAAGAGGCGCGAAGACGGCGCGGGGCUGAGUGUGGUGGCGAGGUUGGAGAUCGCGAUAGACGUGGCGGGCGCGGUGGAUUACCUGCACAGUGAUUGCGAGCCGUCGGUGGUGCACUGUGAUCUGAAGCCGAGCAAUGUGUUGCUGGACGCGGGAAUGUGCGCGAAGGUCGCGGAUUUUGGAUUGGCUAGGUUGCUACUUAACGAGGCUAGUGUACAGGAUUCUGUAACUAGUACUCAGAGGAUCAAAGGCUCAAUAGGUUACAUACCACCAGAGUAUGGAUUUGGCGGGAAACCGUCAACCCAAGGAGAUGUUUACAGCUACGGAGUGAUGCUACUGGAGUUAGUGACCGGGAAGAGCCCGACUGACGAGAGCUUUGUCGGGGGCCUGAGUUUAGAGAAAUGGGUCCGAGCCGCAUUCCCCAAUCGAACCUCAGAGGUCAUCGACACUGAACUCGACGUCACAAACGUAAUAAGAUCUGGAGCCUGCACCAUAAGCCCAGAGAAACAGCUUAUGUGCUUGGUCUCAAUGAUUCAGAUUGCGUUGUGUUGCGUCCUCGAAUCGCCGGAAACUCGCAGUAGCAUGCGUGAUGUGCUGCAUCACUUGGAGUCCAUCAAAGAAGCUCUAGUGAAGAAGCCUCAGAUUGUAGUUUAGGAACAAAUCUAUAUAUUGGUGCUUAGAUGCACAACAAAUGUGUUAUAUAAAUCUCACUCCCUCAUACAUUUCAAUAGUUUCACACAGUAUAAUGAUGGUGUAAAAGUUAAUUGUAAUAACUAAUUUAAGCUUAAACAUUUUGAACCAUACAAUUAGUUCUGUUUGCUUGACGUCAAAAUAUAUAAUAGUUUAGGACCCGCGUUUCUCG